AUGUCCUUGACAAUUUCCCGAGUCUCAUUUGAGCAUUACCGUACAGCCCUCGGGAUUGCCGAGACUGAACCACGGAUCUCUUGGAGAUUCGAUGGUGACGUUACGAACUGGGAACAGAGCUCAUACGACAUUGAGGUUACUCGGAGUGUUAACGAUGAGCCUAAAUCCUUUUCUUUCAAUUCUUCCGAAUCACUUUACCUUCCUUGGCCGGAUACGCCCCUAGACGAAGCCGAACUUGCACACCUUAGGGUUCGCGCGCAUGGUCUUGCUACAAGUGACCAACCCUCAACACCCUGGUCCGAUUGGGUGUCUGUCGAAACAGGUCUCUCCAAGAAAGGUUGGGAGAAUGUAAAACCCAUUGCUUCAACCAUCAAGGUCAACGUGAGCGAGCCGAAAAGGCCCGUAUACUUCAGGAAGGACUUCGUAGUACCUGAUAGUUUCGAAUCCGCGAGGCUUUAUAUCACCGCUUUGGGUAUUUAUGAAGCCGAGAUUAACGGCAAGCGAGUCGGAGACCACGUCUUGGCUCCAGGAUGGCAGUCGUACCAUCACCGUCACGUCUAUGACACAUAUGACGUUACCGACCUUAUUACUCCUGGCGCGAAUGCGAUUGGAGCACUAGUUGGUGAAGGAUGGUAUGUCGGCCGCUUAGGGUUUGACGGAGGACAACGAAAUAUCUACGGGAACUCGACAGGUCUCUUGGCGCAACUUCACAUCAAGUCGAAGAAUGGCACUGUAUUCAAGGUUUAUACCGACACGACCUGGAAGUCAGGAUUCGGACCAGUUGUUAACGGAGAGAUUUAUGAUGGAGAAUACUAUGACGGUAAUCUUGAGUCUGAUAUUGAAGGAUGGUCAGAGCCCGGAUUCGACGAUGCAUCCUGGCAUGACACUCGUAUUCUUCCUGCAGUCCACGAGGUACUUGUCCCCCCGGAUCAACCUCCUACCCGACGAAUUCAAGAGGUAAAACCAAAAGAGUUCUUUGCGUCACCAUCUGGGAAGCAGCUUGUCGACUUUGGCCAAAAUCUGGUCGGCUGGCUACGAUUAAAGGUUGACGGGCCUGCAAACACAACUAUUACAUUGAGGCAUGCAGAAGUUUUAGAAGACGGGGAACUGGCUCUCCGACCGCUUCGAAAAGCCAAGGCCACAGACAUAGUUAAGCUAGGCGGACAGGGCCUACUUGAGUGGGAGCCAAAGUUUACUUUUCACGGCUUCCGCUAUGCUCAGAUUGAUGGAUGGCCUGAGGAGACACCGUUGGAUGAGAACAGUGUUACGGCGAUUGUUGUCCAUACUGAUAUGGAGGAAACGGGGUACUUCAACUGUUCACAUGAACUGUUAAACAAAUUCCACUCCAACGUUCGCUGGUCGAUGAAGGGCAACUUUCUUUCUAUUCCCACAGAUUGUCCUCAGCGUGAUGAGCGUCUUGGAUGGACUGGAGACGCCCAUGCUUUUUGUCCGACAUCCAACUAUCUCUUCGACACAGCAUCAUUCUGGAAGAGUUGGCACAGGGAUGUGUGGUCUGAAAUGUCGAUUAAUGACACCAUGGUUGCCCCGUUCUACGUCCCUACCGUUCCCUCGGCAUUUGGUACGGUACCAAUUCCUGCUUCAGUAUGGGGAGACGUCGUAGUCUCCAAUCCAUGGAACAUUUAUCAAGCCUUUGGCGACAAGGGACUUUUACAGGAACAUCUUCCUCAGGCCCAAGGCUGGAUAGAUCGAGGAAUUUCCAGGAAUGAGGUUGGCCUAUGGAAUCGCAGCACGUUCCAGUUUGGAGAUUGGCUAGACCCCCUUGCCCCAUCUGACAAUCCCGGUAGUGCAACGACUAGCCAAUAUUUGGUGUCAGAUGCGUACUUGGUUAAGAUGACUGAGAUCCUCACACAAAUUGUUACUGCGCUUGGGAAGUCGGAUCUGGCUGACAAAUACGAGGCACAACAAUUGGACCUCAAGGACGAGUUUCAGAAAGCUUGGGCACCAGAUGGGAAGUUAUCAAAUAGGACUCAAACUGCUUACGCAUUGUCCGUGGGAUUUAGUCUAUUCAAGGAUGAAGGACAGAGACACAAGGCAGCGGAAACAUUGCGCGAGAUUAUUCGGGAGAACGACUAUCUUGUCGGCACUGGAUUCGCAGGUACGUCACCUCUCGGCUUCGCUUUAAAGGAUGCCAAUGCCACGGACGAUUUCUACCGAAUGCUCCUUCAAGAAAAGGUCCCGUCAUGGUUGUAUCAAGUCGUCAUGGGUGGCACAACGACCUGGGAAAGAUGGGAUAGUCUCUUGCCGAAUGGAACAGUUAAUCCGGGCGAGAUGACCAGUUUCAAUCAUUACUCUUUUGGGUCUGUUGCCAAUUGGAUGCAUCAAGUCAUUGGGGGGAUCGCGCCCCUCGAGCCAGGAUACAAGGCAAUCUCCAUUGCGCCUAUUCCAGGAGGUAACAUUACAUAUGCAAGCGCGAGGCUUGUUACUGGAUAUGGUACAGUUUCGACGGAUUGGAGGUUGACGGAUGCGGGAUUCCAUUUGAAAGUGAGAAUUCCACCCAACACCAAGGCUGAGAUCAACCUGCCUGGGACAGAUAAGACGGAAAUUGUUGGAUCUGGAUUAUAUGAGUUUCACCAAUUGACUUGA